AUGGAUGCUGGUUGUGAACGCUUGGAGGUUCGCAAGAUCCGUAGCGCCAGUGUUGGUGGCUCACGCGCAGGAACAAAGGAAACAAGCCGCGUUCAUCGACCAUCCGCUCCGUUUGCAAUUCACAAAGACACAUCUCAUGCGAAUGAAGACAAGCUUGAACGCAGACAGCGCAUCAUAUCCAAAUUCUUUCGAGCCUUUGACCCCAGAUCUAGAAGCCAAAGCCUAGGCGACAACCCUGGCAGAAGAGCCACUUCUUAUCCUCUAACUCCAAAAUCAACUCCCACUCCCCGAUUAGGCAGCCAGACUUCUUCGAACGUGGGCCAAUCGUUGAGACUUCCCAAUUCGGCUCCGAUAACUGGAGUGCAAAUGGAACUGUGGCCGGUGAGAUGCGAGGUCAACGAUGAAAAGUCUCUGACCUGGGUCGAUAUCGAGAUUACAGCAGAUGUCGACAUGGAGGGAGGAAUGCUUCCCGAGUCUCUAGAACCCCUGGACAUUGUCAUCAUUCUUGACAUCAUGGAGGAUUCGCCGAUAUCGAUGUUGCAAUACGUCGCAAACGCAGCCUACUUAUUGGCUUCAGAAAUGGUCAAAUGCGACCAAUUUGCUAUUGUCUGCGUCGACAACAGCGAAGAAGGGGGCUUACGAGUUCUGCUGCCACUAGAUUGGUACCCUUUAAGGGGCGUGAAAAAGGUCUUGGAGAAACUCCCAGAUCAUGCGUAUGGCAUAUGGAAUCGCUGUGGGCUUCAGAGAGCGAUUCUUCGAGCGUCAGAUAUGCUUGCACAAGGACAUCCGAAAGAUGCUUUGUCCCAUAUCUUCCUUAUCACUGCGGAUCGUCGGGGAGCUCUAGUUCCCAAAAUCCACGCGGGCGUCGGGUUUCACACCAUCUCUCUUGAUCCUCAUAUUGACCUAGGUGGUCCGGGCCCUUGCGGAUGGCACAUAUAUCCUGAUAAAUAUCCUGAUAUGAAAGCGAUCCUUCCGGAAAAUGAGAAUGCUGUUCUGAUGAACAAAAUACUCCGCGCCAUGACGCAGCUUCGCACAGGACUAGCGCCGGGUGUCGUGAGGGAUUUGGUAUUGGAGCUCGCGCCUGGUAUGGGGUGUUGCAUCGAGUCUGUGACCGGAACAACUUAUCGGUCUAGGCUCCGUCCAGGUGAGAAGUGGGCAUUGUCGGUUCAAGUGAGGAUGCCGGAUGAGCUCGAGCUGGAUGAUGGAAGCCAAAUCACGGAUGCUUCAGAUGGUGGAAUGGUUGAGGACUUAAUGUACCAGUUGCAGAGGAUGCUGGGCACAGAGGGUGUGAUCCUAAAUGCAUCUCUGCAGUACAGUCAUUCAUUGCUGCCGGUUGGAACUGUCUGCAUGGGCGGGCGCUGCCGGGGGAUUCAAGGCCCUCAAGUCGCCUGA